GCACACUGUCCUCGCCUCGCGAAAAAAUAAGGAUAAUUCGGAAAAUAUACCCUCAUCUCUAAUCCAAUCUCUCAUGAUGAUGAGAAGCUGAACCAUCUCCACUUCCAUCAUCAUCACCUUGAAGUAGUAGCCAUGGCCAACACACUCAUUUCUUCUCCAUCUUUCACCGGCACUCCGCUCCCUUCACUCCCUCGCCGCCACUUCCCCCACCGCGCGGCCAGGCUACUCACCACCAAGGCCUUCCACCAAAUCCCCCCAAUUCACUCCAUUAGCCAUUCCCUUGACUUCGCCGGAAUCGUCGCCAGGACCGAAGGUCUUCUUUACACGCUCGCCGACGCCGCCGUCGUCGCCGUUGAUCCUGCCACGACUUCCGUCGAUGCUGCUACACAGAAGAACGGAGGCUGGUUCGGCUUCAUUUCCGAAGCCAUGGAGUACGUGCUCAAGGUGUUGAAGGAUGGUCUGUCUGCUGUGCAUGUGCCUUACUCGUAUGGAUUCGCAAUCAUAUUGCUCACUGUUAUAGUUAAGGCCGCCACGCUUCCAUUGACAAAGCAACAGGUGGAAUCAACACUGGCUAUGCAAAAUCUUCAACCUAAAAUUAAGGCCAUUCAAGAAAGAUAUGCCGGCAAUCAGGAAAGAAUACAACUUGAGACCUCAAGGCUAUAUACGCAGGCUGGGGUUAACCCGUUGGCAGGUUGCUUACCAACUUUAGCUACAAUUCCUGUCUGGAUUGGUCUCUACCAAGCAUUAUCAAAUGUGGCAAAUGAGGGACUGUUAACAGAAGGUUUCUUAUGGAUCCCUUCUCUGGGUGGUCCUACUUCCAUUGCUGCUAGACAAAGUGGAUCUGGAAUUUCUUGGCUUUUUCCAUUUGUGGAUGGUCAUCCACCUUUGGGUUGGCAGGAUACUGCAGCAUAUCUUGUUUUACCUAUUCUUUUAAUUGCUACUCAAUAUGUUUCAAUGGAAAUCAUGAAACCACCUCAGUCAAACGACCCUACUCAAAAGAAUACACAACUUAUUUUCAAGUUUCUUCCGCUCAUGAUCGGUUACUUCUCACUAUCUGUCCCAUCAGGACUAACAAUUUACUGGUUUACGAACAAUCUCCUGAGCACAGCUCAACAAGUAUGGCUUCGCAAAUUAGGAGGUGCAAAACCUGUUGUAGAUGAAAAUGCUGGUGGAAUUAUUACUGCAGGACGGGCUAAAAGAUCAGCUUCUCAGCCAGCAAGGGCUGGUGAAAGGUUUAGGCAGUCAAAAGAAGAGGAGAAGAAUAAGAAGUUAAUGAAGGCACUGCCAGGGGAAGAACUUCAACCUUUGGCUUCUGCUUCUGAUGAUGGCUCCGAUGUAGAAAGUGACAACAAGGGACAGGAAGAUGGAGAAGAAGCUUAUGCCUCAAAAGUUGGUGAAGAGGUUCAAAGUUUUUCUAGGGAGAGAAGAAGCAAGCGUUCUAAGCGGAAGCGCGCUGUAUAGAAGUAUCACAUACGGUUGUUUGUAGCUUAUAGGGGAGUCUUGUAUAUCUCAACAGAUUGUCCCAUUUUUGGAUUGACUAUUCAAUUGAAUAUGUAAUUUAAUCCUGCAAAGCAUCUUGUAUCAGUGAAGUAGUUUUCCACAUGUUAGCUAAUGCAAAUUGUCUUAUGUCAUUCUUGAUUCCUUAUAUUCAUGAUUCUCUUGCUGUAAGCAAGGAAGCAUAGAAACUUGUAAAAACAAUCAAAUUUAAAGGAAAAUUUUACAAGCCUUAGUUUA